AUGGGGCCUACCCCCUCCCAAACCGCCGAACAUCCUCGUACUUCCGUUGAAAUCAAUUCGAACUCUGCAGAACUUUGUAUAACUGAACAAGAGAUUUCAAAUUUUUUAUCCAACGAAAAUAACGACAUUGGAACAAUGCCUCAAUUCUAUUGCUCAGCUGUGAAUAGCAAUGGAACUAUCAAAUCUUGCGCUUUCGAAAAUUCAACAUUGGCAACUUUAGAUACCGGAUGUGUGAAGUUGAAAGGAAAUGUGUUGAUUUCCGAAAAAGAUGAAGAGCAUACAUAUAAGUUAGAAUCGGUGAAAGAUAUUUUGGGAAGUCUGACGAUUGAUGGGACCAAUUUGACGGAUAUCGAUUUUUUGGACUCUUUGGAAAAUGUGGUAGCUUUGAAAGAGAAUCAAUCUGCAAUUUUGAUUCAAUAUAACCCGAAUUUAUCGAAUGUGACUUUCCCGAAUCUAAAGAGAGCAAUCGCGAAAUCUGACCAGGUUAUAAUUUUUCAAAACAAUAGUCAGGAACUUUUGAUGGAUCCGAGUGUUUGUUGGAAUAUCAGAAAUGUUUUGAACACUUCGAAUGCAUGGAUUCCAACUAUUGAUGGACAGGACUGUGAGCAAAUCGAAAAAGAUGCAAUUGUUCGGGACAAUCUGGAAUGCUCGAAAAAUGAUUUUACGACUUUUUUGCUCUUUUCAUCCUUUUUAUUUUUGAUAAUUUGA